AUGUUUAUUCAGGAACAUAGCGUUGUCAACAUCGCAACAACUGAUAAUGCCGUCCUAGAUGUUGAAAAGAUGGAAGGAGAUCAUUUAAGCUCAUCCGUGAAAUGUCUCAUUGUCACCACCUAUGUAAGCAAUCAAACAUGUUUUAUAGGCAUUUUACUCCUCUGGCAAUUGAUAUCAGUUAAAAUGUCAAAUUAA